CAAACAGUCUCCUAGAGUGAGGUAAAUAGUAGGGGAACCGCUGAUCGGAGUUACUUUACACUCAUAUCUUUCUAAAUGCUUUAUAAUCAAGUAGAGUUUCCUGAACCACCUGUACCUAAAGCACGGCCACCUUUAAGAAAACAGAAUAUAUCUGAGAAGAAAAGUUCUUAUCAUUUCAGUAAUUCUGAUAAUGCGCUGAUAAUGGAAGACAUACAGGACAUUAAACAGCAAACUAAAGACUUUCUUGAGUUUAAUGGUUAUGAUGAAUAUACUGAUGAUGAAGACGAUGAUGUUGACAAUAAUGAAUCACGGAAUAGUUUGUCACAAAGUAUGACACCAGAAUAUUCUUUUUCUAGUGCAUGUAACUCAUCUUCUGCAACACGUGAACAUUUACGUGAACGAAGUUUGCGAAGUCUGAAUACAAAUCGAUCUUUCAAUAGUACUAAUAAUUCUAUACAAACUUACAACCAGUUUCCAAGUCAACGGAACAGAACAUCUAACAUCUUUUGUAAUUUACUUCCGUUUGGUACUAUUACUGUAUUUCUAUUCAUAUUUUUAUAUAUAAUUGUUAAUGGAUUUUCUAUCAACGAAACAACUCAGGAGAAUGAAUCACAAAUUAGUAAAACAAAUGUGAUGGAUUUAAAGACAAUAGAUAAAUUAUUAGAUGAAUCAAUGCAGACUAUUCAAACACAGUUUCAUCAUCAAAAGUCUACUAUCUGGAAUGAUAUAGCAUCUGCAAUAUAUGAUGUAGUUAUGUAUCCUGAGAAACCUGCACUUAUUAUGUUCUUUGGAAAUGACACAGAUACUUUAAAUUGUUUAGCCCAAAUGGUUGGAGAAUUAAGUAGUACAGUUUUAGGAAGCAAUGAUUACUUAAUCUUAACACCCAAAGAUUUUCCAAAUGAUGUUGGUAGAACAGUGUAUAAUUUAAAAGUAAAGAUUUCGCAAAAAAAAGUAGUGAUAGUUCAUGAUUUGCUGAGCAUCAAUACAGAAGCAAUAAAAGCUUUUCAUAAUUUCUGUGACAGAGAAAAUCCAUUAGUUAAGAAAGUUAUUUAUAUAAUGACUUUAAUUACUGAUGGGUACAAGCCAUUUGAAAGUGAAUUAGAAUUUAUUGACAAGCAAAUAUUUAAGAAAUUAGUAGGUAAAAUAGAUAAAGAUAUUUUGGAUCCUCUAGUAACUAGACUUACAGAUGGAAUUGUUAUGUCAGUGAAACCAGAGUUAACUACAAAUACGAAUAAGAAAAAGUGCUCAUUUUCCUAAUGCACUAAAUUGUGGUUUCUAGAUAGUGGUAUAAAGUGUGAUGACAUGAUUAUUACAGUAUUAUAAAUACAUUCAAAACUAUAAAUUAAUAAAACAAAAGCAUUAAUUAUAAUAUUAGGAAUAUAUUUAUGUAGUAAAUGUUAAAUAAAUACAAUUUGUAUUUGUAUUAAUAUUCAACUUUAUUUUGUUUCGUCAAAUGACAGUACAGAAAAUCAACAUCUUUAGAUGAAGAUACCCGAUGGUGAUUUGGCGGUUUCUACAAAUUUUCAAAAAAUAUAACAACAAGAUCAAUGCCUCUGGCAUGGUUUCAAUUUACACUUUUGAAUGACACAUGUCUGUAGCUUUGAACUAAAAUACAAUGAACAGAUUCACAUUGUAUGUGUCACAUUGUACGUUCGUGUUAUUGUAUUAUAUGUCAAUUUGCAGUCAAUGUGAUGUGAGUGUUCCAAAUUGCCAAUUUACAAUGCGUUUCUAUCGGAAACAGAAAUCUCCUAUUUUCAUUGAUAUAUCGAUAGACUGUUGAACAGAAAAAAAAUGUUUCCAAGAGAUUUUAUUUAUGCAACUAAUUAAUAUUAAAUAAGUUACAAAGAUAUCAUAUUGUAUCGAGGUUCAAGAACGUAUCCGAAAGAUAAAAUUAUGUAUGUAAGAAAGGAAGAUCAAGAAAAUUUAUGAACAUGAUUUAUGCAAUUAAGUAUUGAUAUAUAGGGUGAAAUGUGAAAAAUACAUCUGAAUAUCUGUGA